AUGCGACUCCAGUGGUGGGGCUCAUCACAGAAGGGGGAGGAGACUGCCUAUAGAGAAGAGGUGAAGGCACUGGCAGACCACUAUGCCAAAAACAACCUCAUUCUCAACCCAACAAAGACCAAGGAGCUGAUUGUUGAUUUCAGGAAAAAAGUCCCUGAUCCCAUCCAGCCCAUCUACAUCAUGGGAGAGGAGGUGGAAAGGGUCUCAGAGUGCAAGUUCCUGGGUGUGAACAUCUCAAGCAACAUGACCUGGAAAAGCAACACCACUGCACUCCAGAAAAAAGGUUUAACAUUUGUCUUACCUUCUUUCUGCAGCGACGGCAGUUUGUCCACCAAACAGAUCCUCUUCCUUCAGAGACCCGUUUUACAGCGCAGGAGGAAAGACUUCAAGUUGCUGACCCGGCGAGGUCGCCACAGGACCAAGAAGCACGCGAGCGGCGAGAUGCUGGAGGAGGGCGAGGAUCGCUCCCUGGUCCUCGACACGCAGAUGGACACGCUGCGGCGUGCGGGCGACCAGCAGGCGGACGGGCUGCGGACGUGGAGCGGCGAGGAGGGGGAGGGGCACGCUGACAGGGACCGCCCCUUCCUGUCGGGCAGCCUGCCGUCCCUCGGGGAGCGGGAGGAGGAGACGGACGUUGACGGCGGUCCGGCGGCCAGGAAGACGGUGACAUGGACGGACGUGUGUCGCGGAGGGGGAGGAGUCAGAGCGGACGUGAAGAUGGAGCGCGUCCGACAUCAGCUCUUUUCUGGCGUCUGUUGACGUAUUGCUCCUUUUUUACCCGAGUACUGGCCUCUUCAUUAGGCACGCCUGCACCAUGAAUAUUCAUCACCUCAUUAGCAUACAACUAACUACCCCAACCAGCUUCAGUACAACACUUUGAAAGAGAUCAGGGCCUCCCACUACAGCGGGGCCCGGGGCCCGCUCAAAUAUCAACACUGAAUUAGUCGUCCCACAUCAUAUUCAAUCAUUCUAUCUGACAUACAACCUUGUCAAAUGGUAUGAAAUCACCUUCAUCAAAAAUAUGUAAAAAUGUAUUGAACGCCUCAUCUUUAGGCUGAUUAGAAAGAUAAAUAGUCAUCAAACAUACGGCAGAAGAAGGGACUUCAAUAACUGACUAAAAAAUAAACAACACCCAAUAAUGUCCUUAUAACCGCAUUCAUUUCUCAACUAAACUAUCAAUAAAAUGAAAACCCAGCUUCACCACUUUAGUCAUCGUCUUCUACGGCGGUCUUGUCAUUACUGCCACAAGUGGUGGAAAAGUGUACUACAAGCCAGCGCCAUACGGACCACAGCUGAGUAGCAAUUAGAAGCAGACUAGGAUUGGUGAAAUGAUUUGGAGUGCAUGAGAAAUUUUCUUUGGUGUUUUAACCAACGUUAGAAUGCAAACUGCGAUCCUAUUUAGAUCAAAUGUAAAUAAAGCAGCUGGAUGACAACAAAUACACUUUUCCUGUUCUGUGAGAACUAAUAUUAUUAGCAUCAUGCGCGUUCACGUCCUUCAUUGUACACGCACAUUUACAAUUUGCUACGAAAAUGACUCACACCAACGACACUUUGAUUAGUUCCAGCUGCAACAACACUCCUCUUUCCUCUGUAAUUACUGUUAUUGACUGGCAAGGAUGGUGGCAAUAGUGGACGUUUCCUACAGCCAAAGCUGUUGUUUCCUGCUCUUUGCCAACGACAGGGGACUUGAACUAAUGGAACAUGAAGUGCUCCGCAACUGGAGCAUUGUGACCACCAUGUAUCCCACAGGGCAUCUUUAGCUGCACCACCUGGUGGACACCUUGUGUUACACUUUGACACGACUGAAGUCUUAGAUUUCUGUGAGCAACAAAAACACGAGUGGUGUGCCAGCUUGUCUGAUAUUAGCAAAAAAUCAGGUGUUUACCUGUGUGUGUGAUAUCAUGUGCGAUACAAGCAGUCCUACAGCCUGUUUACUUGUGUGUGAUAUCUCGUGCGAUACAAGCAGUCCUGCAGUGUGUUUACUUGUGGAUGAUAAAAUGUGCGAUAAAGCAAUCCUGCAGGGUAUUUACUUGUGUGUGAUAUCAAGUGCGAUACAGGCAGUCCUACAGCAUGUUUACUUGUGUCUGUUUGCGUCGGAUAUCAUGCCUGAUACAAGCAGUCCUGCAGUGAUUACUUGUGUGUCACAUCAUGUGUGAGACAAGCAGUCCUGCAAGGUGUUCAUUUGUGUGUGAUAUCAUCUGCAAUUCAAGCACUCUUGCAGGGUGUUUACUUGUGUGUGAUAUCAUGUGCGAUACAAGCAGUCCUGUUUACUUGUGUGUGAUAUCAUGUGCGAUACAAGCAGUCCUGCAGCCUGUUUACUUGUGCGUGAUAUCAUGUGCGAUACAAGCAGUCCUGCAGGGUGUUUACUUGUGUGUGAUAUGUGCAAUACAAGCAGUCCUGCAGGGUGUUUACUUUUGUGUGAUAUCAAGUGCGAUACAGGCAGUCCUACAGCAUGUUUACUUGUGUCUGUUUGCGUCUGAUAUCAUGCCUGAUACAAGCAGUCCUGCAGAGUGUUUACUUGUGUGUCACAUCAUGUGUGAUACAAGCAGUCCUGCAGGGUGUUUACUUGUGUGUGAUAUCAUCUGCAAUUCAACCACUCUUGCAGGGUGUUUACUUGU